UUGACAAGAGGACUAGAAGACAGAUUCAACGCUAUCUAGUGGUAGCCUACUAGACGGUGUACAGUAUGAGAGUAAAAAAAGUCGUAAACUCCUCGAAAAAGACGAAAUAGUGAAGUGGAGUGAGGCGGAGAGUUGAUACGGAACAGUAAAUAAGCGAAUCGAACCGGAGUUUUGUCGAGCGAUGCGUUGAAUUCUUUUACGACGAAUUAUUACGACGUCGUCGAACGUACGAAUGGGUGCGAGGUCGGCGAAACGUCAAAGACAUCCGUGCGAAUUUACAAUGUAAUUAUACCAUGAUGAUAUUCAACAUAUAAGUGCUGAGGAGAAGAUAAAAAUCAGCAACAUGACUGAAGGUGCAGAGACCCAACCAAACGCGGGAAAUGAAUCCCAGACAGAAGCCUUAGAACCAAGGGCAUCGCAUACUGAAGGAUUACAUGAGGGAGCAACGGAAUCAACAUCGCAAACUGGUCUUGAACCUAUGCAAGAGCUUCUUACAGUUCAUGGAACUACGCAAGGAGAAAGCAGUGAUGCUGUCAGCAUUUACACUGCAAGUACCUCGGUAUCUGGUAAUGAAUCAAGUUCAAGUAGAGUUAGUGCAAUAACUGUUGUGUUACCUUGGGGCGCUCAGAAGGAAACAGUAAAGCCGCAGCAAAUAGGAGACAUGGAUCUAAGACCAGGAGAGUAUGUGAUGCGUAUCCUGUUUGCAGAAUUUACUUCACAGGCAGAGAAAAAGAUGGAAGCUGUUAUGACGGAACAUGAAAAACAAUUGUCAAAAGUUUUACAAAGAGGAGAAGAUCCACAAUUUGAUCAGCUCUUAUCGGCAUUCGGUUCCGUUGCCGAGCAUUGUUUGCCAUCAAUAUUAAAAGCACUCUUCAAUUGGUAUGAACGUCAACUUGUAGAUCAAGGCGGUGAUCAUAAGAAACCUGCUCCUGGGAAAGAAGACCAAAAAGGAAAAAGCAUUAUGUAUACAAUAGUAUCAGGAAGUGUAGAAACAGUGGAGAGAAGCGAAGCAGAUCUUUUGCAAGAGCGUAGAGAUCUUGCUGUUGAAUUUAUAUUUUGUUUGAUGCUGAUUGAGGUUUUACGCCAAUUACCAUUUCAUCCUGGACAUGAAGAUUUAGUAACCUAUAUCGAAAAUAUUGCUUUUAAACAUUUUAAAUACAGAGAAGGCAUACAAAACGAACCAAAUGCAGCUAAUAUUCAUAUUAUCGCUGAUCUUUAUGCCGAAGUAAUUGGAGUUUUGGCGCAAUCCAGAUUUAUGUCAGUAAGAAAACGUUUUAUGGUAGAACUAAAAGAAUUACGAGCUAAAGAGCCAGGUCCUCAUACUACACAGAGUAUUAUUUCGCUAUUGAUGGGGAUGAAAUUUUUCCGUGUUAAAAUGGUACCAAUAGAAGAAUUUGAGGCAUCAUUUCAAUUUAUGCAAGAAUGCGCUCAAUACUUUCUUGAAGUUAAAGACAAAGAUGUUAAACAUGCUUUAGCUGGUCUUUUCGUUGAGAUACUCGUCCCAGUUGCUGCUGCUGUGAAAAAUGAAGUAAAUGUACCAUGUUUGAAAAACUUUGUAGAAAUGUUGUAUUCGACAACAUUAGACAUGUGUACAAAAUCCAAACACAGACUAGCACUUUUUCCAUUAGUAACUUGCUUGCUUUGUGUCAGCCAGAAAACAUUCUUUUUACAAAAUUGGCAUUAUUUUUUAGCCAUGUGUUUAUCUCACUUGAAGAAUCGCGAUCCAAAGAUGUGUCGAGUUGCAUUAGAGGCUUUAUAUCGUUUACUUUGGGUUUACAUGAUACGAAUAAAAUGCGAGAGCAAUUCAGCUACACAAAGUAGACUGCAGAGCAUAGUGAAUUCUCUAUUUCCUAAAGGAUCGAAGGCGGUAGUACCGCGAGAUACUCCGCUGAAUAUUUUCGUAAAGAUUAUUCAGUUUAUUGCGCAAGAGAGAUUGGAUUUUGCAAUGCGUGAAAUAGUGUUUGAUUUGCUGUCUGUCGGGCGACCGGUAAAAAUAAUUUUAACUCCCGAACGUAUGAGUAUCGGACUUCGCGCAUUCCUCGUUGUAGCUGACAGCUUGCAGCAGAAGGAGGGAGAACCGCCAAUGCCGCGUACUAUGGGCGUACUGCCAAGUGGAAACACCAUGCGUGUUAAGAAGACAUUCUUAAAUAAAAUGCUGACAGAAGAUACUGCACGAAGCAUAGGAAUGUCUUCGUAUUUUCCACAUGUACGCCGAGUGUUCGUCGAUAUCUUGCGCGCGUUGGAUGUUCACUAUGGCAGGCCUCUCAUGAUGACCAGUACGCAAAAUAUGAAUAAAGAACCGGACGAAAUGAUCACUGGAGAACGCAAACCGCGAAUAGAUCUCUUCCGAACAUGCGUUGCCGCUGUCCCACGAUUGAUUCCUGAUGGAAUGACUGGUGCAGAAUUAGUUGAUUUACUGUCUCGUUUGACGGUACACAUGGACGAGGAAUUACGUGCAUUGGCAUAUCAAAGUUUGCAAACCUUAGUGCUAGAUUUCCCCGAUUGGCGACAGGACGUUGUGCUCGGAUUUACGCAGUUUCUAGCUAGGGAUGUACAAGAUACGUUUCCGCAACUUGUCGACAACGGUUCGAGAAUGCUGUUACAAUUGUUGACCAGUUGGAAAAACGCUCUGACAAGUCCUAGCAUAAGAUCUAAGGAACAAUCGGUAGAUAAUGCACGGGUGAAUAUACGAGUGGACGUUGGCAUCAAGAAGUGCGAAUCAGGCCAGAAAAUAGAACCCGUGUCCAAUAUAUUCUAUUUAGUAGAAGGAUUUGCGUUGGUUAUGCUCUGUAAUUGCCGCCUUUAUCCUCGAAGACUGGCUGUUCAUAUCUUACGUGAAGUAAAACUUUUAAUGAAGACUUUAGGAGGACCUGAAGAUGAUCAAUCUGUUAUUGAUGUGAUUGAUGCUUGCUGUCCCGUCGUUUUGGAGAAAUGUUAUCCUAUGUUACCACCAGCUGAGAAAGCAGCUGCUGCAUCUACGUCUAAUGUGGAUUUACAAUGGAUAGCAGACAGAAGUAGUUGCGUUUGGACAGCUGGAUUUCACGAUGAAAACAGUACCAAGAGUUCUUCUUCGCUUAAUUUAAAUGGAGCCGAUCCAUGGGCCAGUUGUCUAUUUGCUUUUUUGGAAAAAGAUAGAGUACUUACAUUAUGUCCAAAUGCUGUUGCUCAUUCUUGGCCCAUUGUCUUUACUCGUAUAAACUCCCUGUUUACAGUAGUGGAUCCUACUCCGGUAAAUGACAACCGAGCUUCGUUACUAAGAAGUUCGACAACAGUGAGAAAACCGAUAAACGAGAGAGACAUUUAUAUGCACAUCUGGAAAAAUUAUCUGACUUUUGGAUAUAGAGUUGUGCCACCUGUGCCAAAUCCGAUUGUUCGAUGCGCCAGUCCAGAUCUCAGCCUCAGUGGUCAGCAUACGGUGGAGUUUGGUGUGUUGUGCAUGAGUAAGGAGUUGAGUCAAAGCCUGGAGAAUCUCGGCGGGGCGCAGACCCUGCCGGGUCGGUUUUCUGUACCGUCCAUUUCCGGCAUCUACACCCGUCAUAAGCGUACCAGCUCUUCGCCGGACAGUUUAUCCGCAGAACGCGGUGAUAAUAAAUCACCGGGCACUAACGCGAGCCCGGCAGCCUUAUACAAACUGACUGUACCUUUGUUGAGAUGCGAGGCCGUCGACGUCAGGGAUGCUGCGGUGCAAGCAAUUGGAAAAGUGAAUGCCGAUGCUUUAAAAGAUUUGAUGGAAGAAUUGGUUCCUUACAUCCGGGAAGCGGUAGAUCGGAAACAAGAAAAUAUGAGACGACGAAGAAGACGGGAUGCUUUGAGACUGCAGCUAGUAAGAGUACUAGAAUUAAUUGCCGAAUAUGGAACAUUCGGUAUCUGCCCAGCGGUUUUAGAUCGCGAGACACAAUCUUUACACCCUACAUUCGUCGAGUACAUAGAUGGUGCGCGCAUUUAUUUAGAAAACGAGACCGAUAAGGAAGCACCUGCUGUACGAGACAUUAAAUUGCACUUCUGUAACUUUAUCAGAAAAAUGAUAAAGAGUUUUUCAUUGGAGACAUGUUACACCUUGUUGAAGAGGGAUUUAAGAAGAAAUCUGUUCAUGCUCUUUGCUAGUUGGGCCGGUGUUUAUGGUAAACCGCUUACAAGUACAUCAUCUAUGCAAGAGGAAGAAAAAUCUUGCACGGAAUUGCAACUCUCAGCCUUGCAAGCUAUGAGUGGAUUACUCUGUUGUGGAUCAUGCUUCAAUCCUCAAUCACUUUCGGAAGAGGGUGCCAUUUUAUAUCAAUGGUUAGACUCAUUAUUAGCCAGCAAAGAUGAAAAGAUUUAUGCACUUGCACGUGAAACUGUCGUAUUAUUGCUCGAGGGAAAUCCGGAUAUUGGUACGCUUUUGGAUUGGGUGGUGGAUCGAUGUUAUACUGGUGCUCCGCAAGUAGCCGACGGUUGUUUUCUCGCUUUGGCAACAAUUUUCAGCGCCAGGGAAUAUCCUUGCGAUCACUACACCAGUGUCAUCAAUGUCACAUUGAUGAAUACAGGAUGUCCCCGCGCUCCGGUUCACGAUGCAGCAUUGCAACUUCUUCAAUUGUUGGAUCAACGCUUUUUCGGAAAUGUGGGCCCGCUUUCAGCUACAGAACUUGAGGCUGGGCACAAUGACCCUCUUGCCAGCUCCACUGCAACUGUAACUUCCGGACCAGGUCAACAAAGUAAUCCUGCAGGUGAAAUUUCCUCCGGUGGCACAGUCAGAGGUGGUACAUUAGAUGUCCUCUUAUCGACCACUUAUUGCCGCAGUCAAAUGUAUCUUUCACGACAAUUGGCUCAAUUACACCCGGAGCUGACGAUGCCCAUGUUCAGCGAAAUUACACAUCGAUUUCAAACAGCCCGUAGAGAAGUUCGGCAAUUACUACUACAAUAUUUGCUACCCUGGUUGCAUAACAUGGAACUUGUUGAUCCUAAUGUACCGCCACCAUCUAAUCCGUUGAGUUAUUAUCAGUAUUACACAAGUGAUGUAACACGCGGAGGAACACGUAGAGAAGGCUGGGGAAGCGCAGAAGCUACGGAGAUGGUGCUCAACAAUCUCUUUUACAUCACAGCGAAGUUUUCUGAUGAGCAUCCUAAAGAAACAGAAGAACUUUGGGCGACUUUGUGCGGUUGCUGGCCGAACAAUCUCAAAGUUAUAAUCCGCUAUUUGAUUAUCAUCUCGGGUAUGGCACCUCAAGAGCUCCUGCCAUAUGCAAAACGUGUGGUAUUGUAUCUGGCACGAGCUCGUCCGGAUCGUCUCGUCGAUGAAAUGAUGACGGAAUUAGAAACGGUCGAGACUCUGAAUUGCUUGAUUGAACGGACGGAAACACCACCCUUUUAUCGACUCACCAGCAUGCGAAAAGCCUCGUCGCAUAGCGAUGCUCCCGCGGCCGAUCCUGCCAAUCCCCGUGAUCUUGGCGUCGAGAAAGGCACCAUCCAUACGAAAAGACAUUCCGGAGAAGAUCCCGUCAAAACCGGAUCCAAAUCUGAUACUGCGCUGCGAGCACUCGCGGGGUUUCAAACUCCCAGGACAGAAAAGACGAGGACUGCAAGCGGUCCGCCAGUUCUUCCAGAUGAUCUAUCAACUCCGACUACGGAAGCCGAAUUAACAACUGACGAAUCGUGUUACGUCAGUCGUAAUGGGCCCGUUGGAGUGAAUGGAAAAAUGCCAUGUGUUGACGAAAAAUUCGAUAUUCCUCAACCACAUCCAUUACCGAUGCCAGAAUAUGGCGGAUAUUUCGCUCCUUUAACUGAGUACUUACCUGAUAGUUCUCAACCAAUAAGCGGGUUCCACAGAUGCAAUAUCGCCGUAAUGUUACUCACGGAUGUAGUCGUCGAUGGAAUUCAGCUAGAUUGGGCCAUACACGUUCCUUUGAUGUUGCAUAUAGUCUUUCUCGGUCUGGACCACUCGAGACCGUUGGUGCGAGAUCAUUGUCGUUGUCUGUUGCUGAAUCUAUUAGUCGUGCUCGGCGAUCAUCGCGAUCAUCUUGGCGUCGCUCGCGUGCUUCUCGCUUCCAAGACGGAGCAAUUGGGAUUGGGAUUAUCUACACCAGCGUUGCCAGUGCUGGAUCACAACUUUACAGAAGUGGAUCCAGAAUUUGAUAGUUAUCUAUAUGGUCCUCCACCAGCCCCGCCACCCACGACUCCGCCAUCAUCGUCUUCGCCUCCACCUUCUUCGCCACCACCGCCGCCACCUCCUCCGCCGCCGCCUCCAUUACCUUCUUCAGUUGCGGAUGGUACACCUACUCAUUCAUCUUUAUCAAAUUCAGCAUCGCGAGUGCCAUCAUCUAUGCCGCUUGAUUCUUCAGCGUCUCCACCGGCACCUCCACCACCUCCUCCUCCUCCACCUCCGCCACCAUUACCUUCUUCAGUUGCGGACGCUGCAUCUACUCAUUCAUCUUUAUCAAAUUCGACAUCAACCCCGCCAAUAUCAAUGAAUCAUGCGAAUUUAUCGGCAGCAGAUGACAAUAAAGAUUAUGGGAAUUCUCAUGCGUAUGAAUCAACAGUAUGCUGGUCAACUUCGGGUGGAACAGCAACGAACACAGUACCACCUGUAAUUGUAACGCCGGAGGACGCCAACAAUUGGACCGGCCCUCAACCGGGUCCCAAUAUGCCAAUACAGGACGUUAUUAAAUCCUUGAUUAAUUUUCUAGCAUCUAGAACAAAUCAACCGCUAUGGAAUUAUGAAGACAUGACUGCCAAAGUAUGGUGGGUCCGUAGUGCCGAGCAACUUACAGUAUUAUUACGACAUGUGUUACGUGUCUUUAGAGACUCGUUGCCUCAUGCACUAGUCAGUCAAAGAUGGGCGCAAACGGCGCUGCAAUUGGGUCUUUCUUGUUCAUCCAGACACUAUGCGGGAAGAUCUUUGCAAGUUUUUCGUGCAUUACGCGUUCCUAUAACGUCUAGGAUGUUGUCCGAUAUUUUAUCUAGGUUGGUGGAAACAGUCGCCGAGCAAGGCGAGGAUAUGCAGGGAUACGUAACAGAAUUGUUACUAACACUGGAAGCAGCUGUCGAUUCACUCGAAUCGGACUUUAGACCGCUCGAUUUUAUGAAAGAGAUCUUCAAAUCGACACCUAAUCUAAACAAUAAGGAUCCCGUGUCGGGAAUUGUAAUUGGAGGAAAGCGCAGUCCAGGAGGGAACGGUUAUCCAAUUGGACCGCACAUGUUCUCUCAUUUAAAUCAAGGUGGACAUACAAGGAGCACUAGCUACUCAGUCAGUUAUUGUAUGAAAAGAUCCAGCGGUGGCAAUUCUACGGCUAAUGAUAUGAAAGAAGUUGACAACAGAGUCGGUAAUAAAUAUCCCAAUUCGAAUCUGUCAAGAUCAAGAUCAGCACAGUCUUUGAAAUUGUUGGGUGACUCGGCGACGCAAGACGACAAAAUGACGAUAUUAGCGCAACUAUUUUGGUUAGCAGUGUCUCUGCUUGAAUCGGAUUACGAACAUGAGUUUCUUUUGGCGUUGCGGCUUCUUAGUCGCGUGUUACACAGACUACCACUUGAUCGACCAGACGCCAGAGACAAAGUUGAGAAAUUGCAACAGCAAUUACGAUGGACUUCAUUUCCUGGUGUACACGCGCUUUUGUUGAAAGGAUGCACUAGUCCGAAUACAUAUGAACCAGUCGUUACACUACUUUCUCAAUUUACACCUUUAUUGGAUUUACCAGUAGUCGAUCCCACGCAAAGCCUUGCGUUUCCAAUGAAUGUUGUAUCGUUGCUGCCGUAUAUGCUGUUGAAUUAUGAAGAUGCUAACGAACUUUGCAUCAGAAGCGCCGAAAACAUUGCGCAAGUAAGCGCAGAAAAGGGGAAGAAAUUGGAGAAUCUUGGUACAGUCAUGACAUUAUAUAGCCGGCGUACCUUCAGCAAGGAAAGCUUCCAAUGGACUAAAUGCGUGGUGAAAUAUCUUUACGAUUCGUAUGCUCAUCUUAGUUUCAAUAUGCUUGCUUUUCUUGUGGAAGUUCUAGAAAAGGGUCCGAGCAGUGUGGCAUUGUCAGUACUCAGUAUUAUACAUUGCAUGUUACAUUAUGUGGAUUUGGCGUCUCCAGCUGCACAACCCAUUAAUACUGAACUUUUGAGAGUGAUCUCUAAAUAUGUCGAGGGUACUCACUGGAAAGAAGCGCUUAAAAUCUUAAAGCUUGUAGUGACAAGAUCGUCGACACUCGUAGCACCACCGACAUCGAUGCAUGGUUCAUCCUGGGAUUCUUCAUUAUCGUCACCACAUCCUAGUUUCACUGAUACAGAGAUAUUUACGAAAAAGGAGCUACCGGGAAGAACCAUGGACUUUACAUUUGACUUAUCUCAAACGCCAGUAAUCGGUCGACGUUGGUUAAUUCGUCAAGGUACUGAAGAGAAAUCAAUUAGUUCACCACAUUGUUCCUUAUCUUUAUCCCCGGCUGACAAUAGCGCCAUCGCAGGAUGGAAGAGACCUUGGAUGUCACAGGGUCGUGUCAGGGAGUGUUUAGUAAAUCUGUUGACAACGUGUGGCCAGAGAGUUGGGUUACCAAAGAGCCCAUCGGUUAUAUUCAGUCAAAGUUCGGAUUUGAUGGAAAGACAAUCAUCCAUGGCCUCAUCAACGGAAGAGGUUUCUGGUGCGAAUAAUGAUCUGAGCGGAGGAUCUAGACGGGAUGACGAGCAAUUUGGCGUAUUCAAGGACUUUGACUUCCUUGAAUAUGAGAGCGAAAGCGUUGAAGGCGAGAGUACGGAUAACUUCAAUUGGGGAGUUCGACGUCGGCCUCUUAGUGAGGGAGAAGAACGAGAACCCAGUUUACGACAGUUCGAGGAAAGUUUAAGUGAAAAGACACCAUCAUCUAGCAAACAUACAACACGGCGUGGUGUGACCGAAGAGUCAUCGGACGAUGAAGCCGGAUCGGAAUCACCAUUGGAUGAAGUCCCAGGAGGUGUAUCCGGAACAGGCCAGGAAGCAAACAGCAUCCCGGGAAUGUUCCCGCCGUCUUCUCUGUCAUUGAUACCUAGUCGUACGCGUCAUGAUUCAUCCACAAGGUCUGACACAUCUGGCUCGAGUGCAGGAGAUCUUGGCGAUGUAACACCUUGCAACGCAUCGCCUAAUUUGUCCGCAUUGAUGCCGUUUCGACAGGUUGUACGAGACGACGCUGAAGAGAUCUGGAGACAGCAAAUUCAAAGUCUUAUUACUCAAGCUCCAUAUAAUACUUUAAGUUUCUUUCAAUUGCUGAGUAAGAUCUUGAGAGAUGUGAGCAGCAAAUCUGUUGGUCUAACGCGCGAGGCGAGCGCUUUACUCUGCAACGGCAGCCCAGCUUCAUCUCAUCUGGGUUGCCAUUUAUCUAGUCAUGCUGAACUGCUGAGUUCAAAAGCUGAACCACCUCUAGUCUGGUUCUCGGUGACUAUAUUCGCCAAUCAGCGGUUAAACGAGACACUACGUUUUGGAAUGCUAGAAGUGCAGGAACAUCUGGAGACGUUUCUUGAUAGGAAAGAUCAUGCCACAGAAUGUUUAGAGGCAGCUAAAGCAACCGCUAAACUUCAGGCGUUAGGCGAUAGUCAUACUACAGAAGCGGGCGUUGAAGAGAUGCUGUUGGAUCUCGGCAGAGCGCUCUAUAAAUUGCAUUUUCAGCUUCUAUUGUUAAUCGAAGCAUCGAAUAAAAUGCUAGGAGCAUUAAUGAUUGCCGCUAGAAAUGUACAGAUUCCUCUGCAGGAUCUGUCUAUCGAAAUUGCCACUAUGAAAAUAGCUUUGAGUAGAGCGCUCGAAGAAAGUACCGAGAGUGAACGAGGAACACCUACUCCAACACCCAGUCCUAGUCCAUUGCCUGGUACUGGAGCCGUGGAAGAAGUUGCCAGAGUCGCCGAACUUUUGAGAAAUGCACGAUGGUGCCCGGCAUUGGAAGCUGUUAGACUGCACAGGGCACAAUGGCCCGGAGAUCCUUUUCAUGAUGACGAUGACGUGACAACCGCCGUUAAUAUGUACUGCAAAUACAUAGGUCAGGAUAGAUCAGACAUAUUCGUAGUGACAAGAAAAGAUGACGAGAUGUCAGAAAUAUUUGGCAGACUGAUGGAAAGCCUGUUUGAGGUGCUAGCGGCUGUGACAGGAUUGGAAGCGUCCACGAAAGCCGCGCGCAAUCAACAUGACCAUUCUAAUCACUCUAAAACCGACUGUUAAUAUGAGCUUUAAUGAUAUAGUAUUAUCGAAUCGUCCGUUUCGAUUAAAGUAUAUGUAUACAUAUUUAACUAUCGUACAUAUGUGUCUAAGUAUCUUGUAUACGAUUGUAGGUAAAUGUAUGUAUCACGAAAAACUUUCUUAUAUAAUUAUGGCGAAUACAUGAAUUCUGCGUAGAGACGAAUUCAUUGUUUUAUUUUUUUUUUUAACGCGGAGAACGUGGUAAAUUGUUAUCAAUAUAGAUAUAAGUUCGGCAAAAUAAAUUAUCGAAAUCUCG